AUGCUUCGUCCCAACAGACCCAGGGACAUUCUUGCAGAAUCUUCGUGGAAGCCGUCACUCGAUCGAUACAUAUGUGGAGAUACACGCGAGGUGGAGACUGAACAGGACCGCGAUAUGAUCUCACAAGUCCGCGAAGCGCUAGAAAAUCGUGAUGAGGUUCUAAUCAUAUACGUAAAUGACGGGGUUGAAUCUGCCAACGCCAUCAGCCCUUCUCUCGUGACGAUCUCCAUUAUCAUCGUCAUCGUCAUCAUCGUCAUCAUCGUCAUCAUCGUCAUCAUCGUCCCCACCAUCAUUAUCGUCAUGAUAGGGUCACUGAUCAUGAUGAGCAUCAUCAUGGUCAACAGCAACAACAACAACAGCAUCAUCAUCAUCACGAUCAGGAAUAACUGA